CAUGGACGUCCACCAAAUAAACGUAUCAAGUCAUCAGCAGAAAAUGAUUUACACAAUGAUACUAAAACUAGCAUUAGUGCAAUUAAUCCAUAUUCAUCUGAAUUAACAACAAGAACUCCAUUUCAUACUUUUAACAAUAAUUCAAAUAAUCAAGCAGAUACUUUAUUUGAUAGUUCUACCAAAGCAACUCAAGGCAUAAAUGAAAAUACGGCUAAAUGA